AUGGAUAUUGAGGAUUUAGAAGAAGAUACAUAAAAUAGUGAAUUAAUAUAAUAUUAUGAUAUUAUAAAAAAAUUUAAUAUUAAGCCUGUAGUAAAAAAUUAUAUAAAUUAAAAAGGAUUAACUGGACUUCUAAAUUUAACUAAUACCUGUUUUCUUAAUAGUGCUAUUUAAUGUUUAAGUAAUAUUGAAAAACUCACUUUUUAUAUGAUUUCAAAUUAGUUUAUUAAAGAUCUUAAUAUAAAUAAUCCUUUAGGAACAAAAGGAUAAUUAGCUGUUUCUUAUUCGAAUUUAAUAAAAUAAAUAUGGUAAGGAACCGAACCUUAUGUAUCGCCUAUUUAAAUAAAGAAAAUUAUUGAAAAAAAAAAUAAAAAAAUUCAUUGUUAGUUUAGUGGUUUUAAUUAAUAAGACUCAUAGGAAUUAUUAAACUUUAUUUUAGAUGGUUUACAUGAAGAUUUAAAUCGAAUAAAAAACAAGCCAAUAAUUGAAAAUAUUGAAUACUAAGGAGGAAACGAUGAAUUAUAUGCAGAAAGAUUUUUCAUGAAUUAUAAAUAAAGAAAUGAUUCAAUUAUAUGUGAUUUAAUGCUCGGAUAAUUCAAAAGUACACUUAUGUGUCCUGAUUGUAGAAAAAUAUCAAUAACUUUUGAUCCUUAUAUGACUAUUUCGGUUCCUGUUCCUUAGAUAAGGCAAAUAAAUUUAAGCCUGUAGUGGAAUUGUUAGAAUACUUUUUCCAUUUACGAUUGUAUAAAUGAAUUUGUUUAGGAAGAAAUUCUUCAAAAAGGAAAUGAGUGGUAUUGUAAUAUAUGUGGAGAACAUAAAUUAGCAAAAAAAAAGAUUGAAAUUUAUUAAACGCCUGAAAUCCUUAUUUUACAUUUAAAAAGAUUUAAAGUAGGAACUGUUAAUAAAUAUGGAGGUAAGUAUUUUGUGGAAUAAGAAGGGAAAAAAAUUACAUCACUUGUUGAUUUUCCUAUUGAAAAUCUUAAUCUUGAGGAUUUUGUACUCAAUAAAAAAUAAAUUUCGAAUGUUUACAAUCUAUUUGCAGUGAGUUAACAUUUAGGAGAAGCUGCAGGAGGUCAUUAUACGACAAUGGCUUUGAAUUUUUUGAACUAAAAGUGGUAUGAAUAUAAUGAUUAAAAUGUUUUAUAAAAGAAAAAUAUAGAGGUUAAAAAUUAAGCUUAUAUUUUAUUUUAUAAAAGGAAAUGA